AGUUUACUACUAGUUUACUAAGUCAAUAAGGAAAGAAAAAAAAUAGUUUUUCUAAUUAAGAAGUUGUGAGCAGAGGUUUACGUCGUUGAGAAGGUUUUAGCCUAUGGACAUAGUGAGUAUAGAAAUAGUACAGUACCAUGAGUGGUAUGACACUAUCUCGAGAGUCUGCUACAUAUUUUUGCAUCGUUGGAAAGCCACUAGGCCUUGAGCUUCUGAAGUACACAGCAAUGUUAUGUUUUCAAACUUAACCAUUGUCUAAUUGAGAUUUCUGUGUAUUUUUAAUCUUUCAGCACAUAGGUCACGAAAAAAAAAGAAGUAUCAUCAUGCCUACCCAGGAUGAAAGCCACAAUUCACAAAGGACAGAUCCACAUGGACUAGGAGAUCCAAAUGACAGAAGUUUGAGGAUUGUCGAAAAAGAAGUUCUGAUUCCCAAAAUUAUGAGAGAAAGAGCCAAGAAGGAAAAAUGUGUAGCUGAAGUGGCAGAAUUUACAAAAUGUUGUGCAGCUAGCAGUUUGCUAAUGGCAUAUACAUGUCGAAAAGAGAAUACCCUCAUGCAAGAAUGUCAGGCUAGAUGGUAUCAAGAUGAAGGCUUCAAGAAAGAAUGUGAAGACAUCUAUCUUAAAGAAAGGAGGCAGUUCAGACUUACAGGAAUCCCCAAGAAGCAUCGUCUUAAAGAAGCUGGUAAUGAAACUACCAAUGGCAAGUAAACUGUUGAUUGAAGUUAUUAUGUUUUUAUACUGCUUUAAUCAACUGGAGAAUGGAGUACACAAAUUACGAUGUAGAAUAAAUUGUAUUGAUAACUCUGA